AUGCAGCUGAAGGGAAGAAGGAGGAGCAGGAAAAGAAGCAGCUUUGAAAGGGCCCAGGUCCAUGGACUCCGAAGAGGCCAGUGGCAGUACCUGUCACUCAGGAACCAGAAGCCUCAGGGAGACUCCUGGGAUGAAGAGCAGAACACAGAUACUUCUGAGAUUCCACAUGGAGAAGGAAGCCACGAGGGGCCUGGAAAAGGGUGUGGCGAGCAGGAGCCUGUGGGCAGCAUUGAACCGAUAGCACCUGGAUUGGGAGCUUGUAGACACUACCAGGAAGAGCUGGAAGAGAUCUGGGACCUGACUUCACCUCUGCAAAGCCUGGUCCCUCCUCUGGUCCCCAUCGUCCAGCGUGGGCCCAGCAGUGGGGGCUCAGGGCACAGAGUGGCCUCCAGAACUCAGAAGAGUGGGGCACAGAGUGGGGACCUUGAGCCUGGCUGCUGCUUGGUUCUCUUAGGGGCACCAAGAGGUCACUCUUUGGGUCUUGGUCUUGACUUUUCUCAUUGAGGCUACCAGGCAGCAGUGGUCGAUGUCCAAGCCUAUGGAAAUGGCUUCAGAAGGAGGACAAUGCCCUUUCCUCCACCCAUUCCUGGCCCCCAAAACUGGCCACCCUGGGAGCAACACCUGCCACCUUCCAUGACCCCAUCAUUCCCUCCUGGUGGCACUCAGCUGCUGCCAGCUUUUCCAAGGACACCUUUGGUGCCCAAUGCUGGCCAUGGCCCCAGUGCCCCUGGGGCUUGCAACAUCAUUGUCCAAGUCAGGUCAAAAGGAAGGCCAGUGGAGCACCCGCAGACUCAGACCUUUGUCCUUACUCAGGCUCCCCUCAACUGGAGCACUCCAGGGCCCCUCAGCAGGAGUACUUCAUGUCCUGUCCCCCUAUUCUUAACAACCCCUGCGAUGGAGACCAUUGUGACUGCCCCAGCUGUUGGAGUAGCUCAGUCUGGCAAGGGAAGCUGGACCCCAGGCUUUCUACCUCAAGCUCCACUACCAGCUGCCCAGCUGGCCCCCAUCAUUCCCCAAGUGAACUUGGGGCCACAGUCACAUGGCACUUCCAGGGAGGGCAGCCUGGCCACCAACCAGUCCAAGGCCUCGCAGGACUCCUGUAACCCCAAGAGCGUGUAUGAGAACUUCCGAUGUUGGCAGCGCUUCAAGUCUCUGGCCCGGAGACACCUUCCCCAGAGUCCUGAUGCUGAAGCUCUUUCCUGCUUUCUCAUCCCAGUGCUUCGGUCCCUGGCUCGCCUGAAGCCCACCAUGACGCUGGAGGAGGGACUGUGGCGGGCUGUGCAGGAAUGGCAGCACAGAAGCAACUUUGACCGGAUGAUCUACUAUGAGAUGGCCAGAAAGUUCAUGGAAUUUGAGGCAGAGGAGGUGAUGCAGAUUCAGAAGUUACAGUGGAUGCAGGGGGUGCAAGGCCUGCCUCCUCCAGUCCCACCGAAGCUAGAUCCUCAGGGGUCCUCAGCCCCGACAAUGUGCCCUCAGCCAGGCACCCAUGUUCCCACUGGAGUUCAAAGCAAAGCCAGUGCUCCCCGGAAGGCCGGGCCCCGGGCCCAUCCCACCCGCUCGCAGCCACACAGAGCCCAGCGGCACCCGGGGACCAAGGCCCCCGAGGAGAUUCCCCCUGAGGCUGUGAGAGAGUAUGUGAACAUCAUGGAGGUGCUGGUGGGGCCCAUCCACUCAGCCACGGGCAAGUCAGAGGCAGAAUGUGGAAAGGAUGAGGAUGAGCUGAAGCAGGAAGAGGACGGGACCUAUGCAGACCCGGAUCUCCUGAGCUACAUUGACAAGCUGUGUUCCCAGGAAGAGUUCGUCACCAAGGUAGAGGCAAUCAUUCACCCUCGAUUCCUGGCAGACUUGCUUUCCCCAGAACCACAACUGGAUCCCUUGGCACUAGCUGAGGAGCUGGAACAGGAGGAAGGCCUCACCCCUGAGGAGCUGGUGCAGAAACGACUCCUGGCCUUGAAGGAAGACAAGGGAGUGCGGACACCCAGCAGUCAAAGUGUACCCGAAGUGGACUCAAGUCCUUCUGAGUCUGACGCCAGCAAAGAUGCCCAGAGAUAUGAUCAAGGCCCCCAGCUAGGGGUCAGACAUGAAGCCUGCCCACCAGAGGUUGAUUUCGAGGCUGUUCACAGGUUCAGCCAAGCAAACACUGGCCUAUCCAGGGCCAAAGACCUUGUUCCCUCUCCGGGACAGCAGGAGUUGCCUCCAUUCCAGCCAGGACAACCCUCCCCUCCCCAGGGUCAGAGGUGCACUGGCCCUCAGCCAGGACCCAGGGAUACCUCAGUUCUCAGAAAGGCCUUUCCAAUUCUGGGGGCCCGAGGGCCCAGGGACGGGUCCAGCGAGGAUGAGGAGGAGCUCCCCAGCUUGGCCUUUCUCUUGGCCUCGCAGCACAGCCUGCUGCCCUGGAGGCUGUCCCAGAGUCCUGUCCCUGCCUCAGGCCAGGCCCCCUCCUCUCAGAGAAUAGGCCUCAGCCCAGCUCCUCUGGCUGCUGCCAAGUCUAGGAAGCAGGCUCUGUGUGGAGGCUCAGCUGCUGUUGAGAUGCUGCCUGGCCUGGGGGCUGGGCUCGAGGUCUCUGAGAGCCCAGCCCUGGCUCUGGGACUGGUUCGCCCCUCACAGCUAAGAAAGAGAAAGUGUGACCCAUUUGUCACAGGAAGGAAGAGGAAUCGGCUCUGCAGCCAGUAG